AUGGCGGGCGGUGACAGAACCCACUCGUUCGAUGAUGUGAGGAAGAAGAUGUCUCCCGUGGUCAGCAAUGAGCCUGAGCUGGCCGAGGCGCUGCGCCGCUAUGUGCCUCAUUCGCCCGAGGAGAAGAAGCUUGUGAGGAAGAUUGACUUGUUCCUCAUGCCGAUUCUUUGGAUCAUGUACAUUCUCAAUUAUGUCGACCGGACCAACAUUGGCAAUGCCAAAAUCGCCGGCAUGGCGGUAGAUCUUGAUCUCGACGACAAUCGCUACGCUUGGGUUCUAUCCGUUUUCUUCUUCGGCUACCUCAUCUGCGAAGUCCCUUCAAACAUGAUUCUCAGCCGGAGCAAACCGUCCCUGUUCCUGCCAGCCACCAUGCUCGUCUGGGGCGCACUGAGCGCAUUAAUGUCCAUCUCCAAAACCUACGGCGUUCUAUUGGGGUUCCGUUUCGUGCUUGGGUGCAUCGAGUCUGGAUUUUUCCCUGGUGUCCUAUACUACCUUAGCUGCUGGUACACCAAAGCAGAGCUAGGCAAGAGAUUUGGCAUCUUUUACACCGCUGCUGUGUUGUCGGGUGCCUUUGGCGGGAUUUUGGCCGGUGCCAUCACUGACCAUUUACAUGACGCCCAUGGAAUUGCCGGCUGGCGCUGGCUGUUUAUUGUUGAGGGAGUCGCGACUGUUGGCGUGGCCUUGGUUGCCUUCUUCGUCCUGCUUGACUAUCCCGGCACGUCGAAGCGACUGACACCGGAGGAGCGCAAGCUGGCUGCCAUUCGGAUUAUUCACGACGGCAUUCCGACGGGAGGCCAUUCGGACAAGCGUUUGAGUCACUGGCAGGCGUUUGUGGCCGCGGUUUCGGACCCCAGGACGUACAUGUUUCUCAUCCUGUAUAUGCUGGCUGUUGGGGCUGGUAGCGAAGAAAAGCGCUAA